CCGUAGCUUGGGUGCCGGCUAUCGCCGUGGGUGGCGACUGGCGAGCUCUUCUGCAGUUUUCCCGCGUCUUCGGAUUAGUCUGAAUUGAUGGUGUACUGUGUUUCUGUUUCCUCCACCUCUUCCGAGUCGUUGCUGUAUUCGGAUUCGUCGAAAUCCAGGGCCUUCUCUGCUUUUUCUUCCUCUUCUGAGCCGUCGAUGCCAUCAGCUUCUUCAGGUUCUCCGGAAUCAGCCGUUCCCAUCUUGGGUCGCGUCUUCUGAUUGCUCCACUCUUAUUCUUUCUCUUCCUCGUUCCUCGUCUCUGAGCCGCCUUAUGCUACUUCAAUCAAUCCUUCCCUGCGACCGCCGGCGAUCGAAGCGGAGGCUGCUCAUCGUCAACUGUGCAUCUGUCGACCAAGAGAGGAAAGGAUCGGCUACGCGAAGCAGCAGCAUAAGGUGGAGGGCGGCUGCCUCUCUAGGUCGCUGUAUGCAAGCCCUAAAGGAGACGGAGAUAAAUUAAACCCAGAAGAGGGAGUGAUCUUGCAUCGUUGAUGAGCGGGAAGCGCCCUCCUCCUGAUCCCGUCGCAGUUCUUCGAGGCCAUCGAAGUUCUGUUACGGACGUUUGCUUCCAUCAUUCCAGUCCCAUCCUCUUCGCUGGUUGUGCGGACGGAGAAUUGCGAAUUUGGGAUACGGUUCAGCAUCGGACGUUGUCUUCAUGCCGGGCGCACGGUUCCACUUCGGGGGUUAUUUGCGUUGCAACGAGCGCGUCUCUAGGGAACAGACUCAUAAGCCAAGGUAGAGACGGAACUGUGAAGCUCUGGGAUGUCGAAGAAGGUGGCUUAUCAAGGAAGCCCAUAGUUACAUUCAGAACAGACUCUUAUCAUUUUUGCAAGCUUUCAAUAGCCAAAAUAUGCAGUUCAGUGCAACAACAGAGUGCCGCACUUGUUGAUGAAUUUGUCAAGCAAUCAAGCAAGUCAACUGUAGAAUGUACUGAAGAUAUCAAGAAUGUUCUCAUUGGAGGAACAGCAAGUCUGGGUUUGGACGUGCAGGAUUCUACAACUAUUGGACCAGCGACUUCAAUGCCAUUUGAUGCACAACAUUCGCAAGACCUCGCCUACCAGCAUCCGAGCAUAGUGGCUUUAGCUGGCGAACAUCCUUCUCAGAUAGAGAUUUGGGAUCUCAAUGCUGCUGAGAAAGUUGCUUGCUUUCCACCUUACAGCAGUGAGAACAGAGAGCUUUCCACAAAACCAAGAGGCAUGUGUAUGGCUGUCCAAGCUUUUUUCCAAUCAUCUAAUGGAUUCUUGAACGUUCUAGCAGGUUAUGAAGAUGGCAGCUUUGCUUGGUGGGACUCAAGAAAGCCGGAGACUCCAGUAGCUUCAGUUAGGUUUCACUCUGAGCCAGUAUUGAGUCUCGCAGUUGACAAAACAUGCACCAGUGGAAUGUCUGGAGGUGCGGACAACAAAAUCGUGCUCUUCUCUUUGGAUCAUCAGAUGUUCACUGUUUCAACUAAGAAGGAGAUCAGUUUGCAGCAGCCAGGCAUUGCGAGUGUCUCCAUACGAAUGGAUAAUAAAAUUGCUGCUACUGCAGGUUGGGAUCACAGGAUUCGGAUAUACAAUUACCGAAAUGCGAAUCCACUAGCUAUAUUGAAGUAUCAUUAUGCUACGUGCAAUGCAGUGUCAUUCUCAGAUGACUGUAGGUUGCUUGCUUCAUCCUCAGAAGAUGCUACUAUUGCUCUUUGGAGUCUAUAUCCUCCUCAAAAGUAGAUGUACGAGAGUGAUAUCCAAAACCGGUAGUAAAAGAUUUGGUGGUCUAAUGCUGGACUGGGUUUCUGCUUGAACGUGGAAUCAUGACGUUAACUACUUGGUGAGUGGCUCCAUCGAGGAGGCUGAAGGCAAUUCGUUAUUGAAUGAACAUGACAUUAACUACCAACUGGUUGGUGGCUUCGUGAAGGAAACUGAAGGCAAUUCGUGAUGGAAUGGUCAAAUACAAUCACAUCAGUCAUGCUUGCAGCAGUGCUUGAGAGGCGUUUGAAAUCGAGGGGCUGUUGGAUCCGGGCUAUUCAGUUAGUCAUUAAAGUCAUGUAAUUUGCUGGCUGUCCAUAGAUUAGCAUACUGAUUUGAUGGUGACAUUGUUUAAUAUGAACAGUAAAUGCUGUGAAAGUUUGAAGCAUGCUGUAGCUGCAUAAGGUGCUUCAAUCAAGCUUAAAAGUCUCAAAUCCAACUCUAAUUUUGCUUUUUAGCAUGUUUUUGGAUGGUCGGCGGUUGUUUAUUGCCGUGUAUAUGCUGAUGUAUGAAAAAACAAGGCUACAGUUUCAGUCUGUUACAUACAUUUGGUUGUUUCUUCAUUGUUUGUCGUUUCGAUUCAUAUCAGUUGAUUUUGAUUA